AUGUCCAUUCCUUACCGCCCGGCCGCUAGAACGGCCUUCCGCUCUCUGCGCCAGUGUCCGAAGGGCGCCUUCGCCGGCCCCCGGAUGAGCCGGUCCUAUCAGUCCUACGAUCACCCGGACUCGACUACGUCCUUUCACCCGCACGAACAGACGAUCUUGUCGGCGGCCUACAAGUAUGUGCCAGAGCACGGGUUCUCACACAAAGCUCUCGCACUUGGCGCUAAGGAUGCCGGAUACCUCGACAUUAGCACCAGCGUGCUGCCAGACGGCCCCUUCAGCCUGAUCCGCUACCACCUUGUGACAAAGAGGGAGGGUUUGGCCGCCAAGGGCAAGCAAAUAUUUGGAGAGAUGUCGCAAGCCGGCGUUGGCGAGAAAGUCGAGCGUCUCACAUGGGAGCGGUUAAUAGAAAACAAACCCAUCGUUGACCGCUGGCAAGAGGUAGCGCAAAUCCCUUUCCCUUUACCCUUUUCUUUGUCCAUCCCACUGCCUGCUAUAGGCAACAAGCUUGUGGUCCCAUACUAA